CAACUGAGGAUUGAUCCAGCUUUUAAAGUGGAACUGAACUCAAAAAUUAAGAUUUGCUUUCAAGAGUCAAAAAUUACAUUUACCUAACAGCCUAACCAGGUGGGGGGAAUGGCUACACCAGGGGAGGACUGACAACUCAUGGGGCCCCUGGGCAAUAGGGGAUCAUGGGGCCCCUGUGUCUUUGCCCACACUAAAACCACACGCAAAAAAGCCUAUGAAAUGUACCAGGGGCAUUUCACGGGGCCCCCUACUGACCCCGGGCCCUCGGGCAGUGCCUGAGUGCCCAAAUG